AUGAGGGUGAUGAUUUGCGAUCAAAGAAGAAAAAGUAAUGAAAGUGGUUCUAUUACUCUUGUUUCUACGGGUCAUUCCUUAAAAAAAAAUAGUAUCAAUAGCACUAUAAAUAAAAUCGAAGAUUAUACCUGUUCUUCCGAGUUAUCCACAAGACCGGUCAGCUCCAGCACAGUUGAUUUGGAGUCCUACAGAACAUGUACAGAGGGAUCUCAGAAAUUAGGAUCUACCUUAGAAUCCCCUAUGGAACAGAAUGCAAGUUUAAAAAGCGAUACUUCUCUGAAUGUGCAUAAAGAUGAGUCUAAUAAAAAGUCUACAGUUACCACAAGCGCCAUAACUUCCACACCCAGUGAUGUUAUUCGUAGGUGUUUUGCUAGACAGAAACAGGUUAAAGAGCUUCUAAACACUGAAAUGAUAUAUAUUCAAUCGCUGACAGUGCUAAAUACAACAUAUAUACAGGGCAUGAUGGCCGAUCUUGAAACGCCAAUUUAUUUCAGAAAGUUUAAAGAUUCAAUUGAAAAUAUGAUUAUGUCCCACAAGAAGUUUCUCGAGGAAAUCACACGGAUUUAUAUUCUUUGGGGAAAAAGUGCUACCAGUACGUUAGACUCGCUUGAAAAUAACCCAAUCACCUCACCCGAUUAUGAAAACUUCCAAAUGCCAUUUAAUGAAGUACCAUACUUGAAAAAUAUUCUCACACUAAUAUCUGAGAAGGCAAUCGAUGUUCCCUAUUACUGUACAUACUGCUCUUUAAUGAGUCGUGUUCUCGGCUUUUCUAAAGGAAAGAACAUUGAAAAGUACAAACGACUUUCAAUCAAAAUAGUGAAUGAUUACAUAGUAAGGCAUGCUGAAACUGAAAUGCCAGAAUAUAUGAUAAGUCAGGCAUUGGAUACACGUUUCAUAUCCUUGAUUCAAAUGCCAACUGCAAGAAUUACCCGUUACGCUCUUAUUGUCAGAUCUCUUCUUGAUAAAAUGAAAGACGAUGACGCUUUGAAUGAGGUUGGUACACUAGGAGAAAGAGUCAUCGACGAACUUGCUGAAAAGUGUCUUGAUGUAAAUUCAUAUAUUGGCAGAGCGCAAGAGAAGCAAAAUAAAAUGAAACUCUUUGAACAAAUCACAGGUGGUUGUAUUGAGAAGAUGAUGGGUAAAUUAUUUUUGGACAAUCUCGGAGCCCCAGAAUUUGUUGGUGGCUAUGGAGUUAUAUGGAUGCAAAACAACCAAUUAUAUUACGAACCGCUUGCAAUUUUUUUGUUUAAAACCCACAUUGUAUGCAUAAAGCUUCAUCAAAUAAGGGGACCUCAAGUUGUCUUUCUAAUACCUCUUAUAUCCAUUUUAAACAAUUUUAGAAGAGAAGAAAUCAUGGCUACAAAAAUGUACACGAAAUAUCCCUUUCAGAUAAAAAUAAGGUUUGAGAAUCGUUUUAGAGAACAUGAAAUAGUUUUGAUAUUCCCAUCAAAUUAUGAGAUGCAUAUGUGGGAAGUUAAAUUAAACCAAUUUGUUCAGCAGUUAAAGCGUCGGCUUCCGACACAAUAUUAUCCAUAUUCAAACUUAGUUCAGCAGUACUAUGAAAGUUUAGAAAGUGGUCUUCCAUUUGUUCUUAGAGUCAGUUGCCCGAAUGACCUUGACUGGUACAAAAAGUGCGGAAAAGGUGAGCAAAAUCCUGAUGCUACUAUAUUUAUUGUCAGACACUUCCUUACCAGAAUAAAUCGUUGUGAUCAGAGAGAAAUAAUAAUGGCGUCCAAAGAAUUGGCCUAUAAAUCCACAAUACUGAUUUAUAUCCGUAGGGACCACCGUACCCUCUUAGAAAAAGAACUUGGGGCAUUAUGGUCAAAAGAAUUGCCUUUAUACCACCUUGAAGGAGGCUUAUUCGUGCAGAGUACAUCGAUGAUGAACUUGAAGACUAAAAUUAGUACGGAAACACAAUCCCUUUUUUCGCAUUUCAGUCUCAGUACUCAGAAGUUGAAGAAACAAAAAUUCAAGGAGAGUUUCUCGAGUGGUAUUAGGAAUAUUGUGAAGCCACAUCCGAGAAUUGAUUUCGCAACCCCGCAAAUUAAAAAAAGAAGUGCUUCCCAUAACCAUUUGGUUCAAAAGUUUAUUGGAUGGGCCAAAGAACGUAAGUAG